AUGUCUCUCUUCAAGACCAUUGCCGCUGUCUUUUUGACUGCGAGUUCAGUGUUAGCCGCCCCUCUUGAAUCUCGGGCUGAAGUAUCUUUCAAGCCUUCUGCUAUCUGGAGAUACAAUGUUGGCAAUGGCGCCAUUUCUGCCACAAACACUGGCGAUGUGGCGAAGGCUCCCACUAAUGGCGGCCAAGACACCACCGCUCUCCUGACGUUCACUUAUCCGUCUUACGUCUCUGGCCAGAAGUGCCAAUUUGCCUUCUCUUUGGAUUCCACCGCAACACUUGAGGGAAGUGCAAAACUCGAUUUGUUCUCUAGCCUCCAGCCGGCUCCAGGCCCAACUGCCGGAUGGGGACCCGGAAACCAGCGCAACAUCAACCUCGGCCGCCUCAACCUGGUCAAGCCUGGCGAGGCCACCUGGGAGGCUACUUACAGCUCCUAUCUCACCCAGAAGACAGACUGCAAAGCACCGGGCACAGUUGAGGCCUUUGAGCUCGUGGGUGUCUACGACAGAGAUCUUGUCUCUUGGAACCCUGCCUUGGCUGGACCUCGCAUCGUCGUCACCCCUUCCUAG